GGAGAAGAUAAGGACGUGUCGACGAGAAAGAAAUGCUGUUUUUGAACGACAAACAGAGAUCGAGGAGGCCUUCGAUGCGUCUGUUCAGCACAUGCGCAAGGUUUCAGCCUUACCAAAUACUUAGACUCUACUUGACUUCAUGAACGGCGGAAAUCCGGUUUCCUCGAAUCGCGUGUCGCCCAUGUCACCUUCUUCGGCAGGAUUCUUCUUAGACCCCCGCGUGGAAGCAGGUCACGCUGAUGAGCUGGCUCUGGUUGCCCAAGAACAGAGUCCGUAUCAUCUAGCGUCACCUGCGUCCAUCUCCGUUUCGCCAGCGAAGAGACGAGCCGAAGACGCGCCCGAGGCGUUAGGCAAACGCCUUCGCAGUGUACCCUCAGCUGUUAAAUCGGUUGAGAAGACGAUCCGCUUCGAUGAGCUUUACGACGAUGGAAAUGCGAGAUACAAGCACAGGAUCGUCCAGUACAACGAAGAAUGGUUUAUCCUCAGGUGCGACGAACACAAUAUGCACUUUCCGUACAGAGCGGCCUCUGCGGCAGGUUCCCAUCUGAAAGCCUACGCUCACAAUGGGCCCUCAGCUGCUCUUCCGGCCGUCAUCGAGGCUUUCGGUAUUCGAGUCAGUGACAUGGUUGAGGAAAUCGUAGUCGCUUGUCCGAAUGACUCCAGGUCUCUCGUAUGCGUUCGUCAAUCUUCCGUCACGGCAUCAGACAUCACCUUGCUGAACGAUGCCGCAAACCCUCAUAGCGAGGCACGCGGUGUUGCCGGUGCUCUCGGAAUCGGCACUUGUGGACAGCAAGGACUGUGUGAAGAAGAAAGACGUGAAGGGUUCACGGCAGUGGCGAGCGGUGCUAAUCCGUCGGCGAUGGAGCGUAAACAGCGCAAUAGUUCUGCCGAACAAUGCGGAUGGAAAGAGGCGAGGAAUGCAAUCAACAGAAAUCACGAAAGCCAGCCAAGCAGAACGUUGGAGCAGACGUGCUCCACGAUAGCAGUCUGUAGUCAGACAGAUGGAUCGUUGGGGGAUGAUCAACAAAGCGAUAUGACCAGCUCGGGGCAGUGGUGGCAGGUAGUUGCUUGAGACUGCCUGCGAUGUCUCAUCACGCAGGCAUGAGGCGAGGGUAACAGCAUGAUACGUAUAUUUUUGACUAUCAGCGACGUUCAAGGAUCCGUUCAAAUUGCUGCAUCAUUGCUCCUUGGUGCCACGAUGUGUGAUGAGGUAUGCUUCUGGCACAAAUUUGUUCUUCCAAUGUGCACGGUGGCAUCUUGUUACCGGAUGAUUCGGCCUCCCCCUGGACCCUGAUGAGAGUCGCCCGCGACGUAUGGAGGGUGGGGCGGCACUGGUUAGAUAAU